UCGAAUCAGACUCUGGAUGAUGGUCCUCCGACCAAGCGCAGUCGCAUCGAGGAAAUCCCCGACGUCGAGAUGGCCACCGGCCAACAGAACGAUCUUGAUCUUCUGUUUGGAGACAGCGAGUUUGCCCAGGCUGAACCAGUCAACCGGGAUGAGGUCGUCGACUUCAACACCCUUCUGGAGGAGAUGGACGCUCCUUCCGCUGAAAGGCAAAGCGCGUAAUCACCGCCGCCCCGGGUUCUGUACUUAAUUCGUUGAUGAUUUGUUCGCAUGAUUUUU